UGAGGGGGCGGGGUCUGGGUGGGCCACUAAGAGGGCGCGGGCGGUACGUGGAGGCGGGGCGGAGAGCUAGGCUGAAGCGAUGUCUUUGGGACCGGCAGGGCGGGGCUCCAGCUGGGGUGUGGCCUAACCAGGGGGCGGGGCCCGGCCUGGGGGCGGGUUUUGAAGAUUUUAAACUAGGCUUUUCCCGGUUCUUUACCUUUGCUUCCCCCAUCCCGGAGUCCCGUGGCGCUUGGCCCCUGUACACCUCAUCCUGCCCCCGAGAAGACCUGCCUUCCGGAACACCCAGGCCUGGGAGCCUCGAGCAUGGAGGAGUGUGGAGAGGGCACAGGGCUGGAGCCCUGCAGGCCCCCCCAGGCCUCCGUGACAUUCAAGGAUGUGGCCGUGGACUUCACCUGGGAGGAGUGGAGGCUCCUGGACCCUCCCCAGAAGGAGCUGUUUUGGGAGGUGAUGCUGGAGAACUACAGGAACCUGGUCUGCCUGGGCCUUGCUGAUUCAAACAAGGAUGUGAUGAUCUCUGAGCUGGAGUCAGGGGAACCACAUUGGAUUCCAACUGGUGGUGUCCUAAGAAGCUGCUGGCCAGAUUGGGACACUAGGCCUCAGACCAAGGAAUUAGCUUCUAAGAUGAGUAUUUCUAUGAAAGUCUUAUCCCAGGAAAAGUUCUUGGAGAAUAAUCCAAGUGUCUGCAAGAUUGAGAAAAUCUGGGAGUGUGAUAGCAGGUUGAAGAAAAAACAAAACAUUCAAGGGAAACCUUCUAGAGGAAUAAAAAUAAUUCAAGCAGAACCUCCUAGUGAAGCCAGAGUCUCUGAAUAUAAUAAAUACUAUCAUUCCUCUACAGAGCCAGACCUUUUUCCACAACAGGGAGUAGCUAUAGUUACACAGUGCCAGAAAGGAGAUAACCAGAGAGGGAGUUCCACCAUGAAUUCGAACCAAGGACAAUGUAAUCAAAUCUAUUCUAGGAAGAAAUGUUUCAGGGUUAACAAAUGUCAGAAAGUGCUGGGUCAUGAUUUGGGCUACAUAAAAAAACAUGCAAUUCAUUCUGAAGAGAACAUUCAUGAAAGGGGGAAUUCUUUUCUUCGAAAUAAUGAACUUAGUCCACACCAGACAACUGAUAGGGGAAAACCGUGUAAUGACCUGUCUAAACGCAGGAAUACAAGUCGUGCUGAACAUUCUCAUCUUCAGAGUACAGAGAGACGGUACAACUGCAGUGAAUGUGGAAAGGCCUUCCAGCAAAAGGGGGCUCUUAAAGCACAUUGCAGAAUUCAUACUGGAGAGAAACCUUUUAAAUGCAGUGAAUGUGGUAGGGCUUUCUGCCAAAAGACAGAUCUUAUCCGACAUUUUAGGAUUCAUACUGGAGAGAAACCUUUUAAAUGCAGUGACUGUGGGAAAGCCUUUUCUAGAAGCACAAACCUAACUUUACAUCAGAGAUCUCAUACUGGAGAGAAACCGUAUGCAUGCAAUGAAUGUGGGAAGACAUUCCGGUCAAGCUCUCACCUUUCAGAACACAGGAGAACUCAUGAAGGAACAGGACUUCAUGAAUGCAACGUGUGUGGGAAAACAUUCUCUCGGAAGUAUGACUUUACUAAUCACAGUAGAAUUCAUACUAGAGAGAAACCCUAUGAAUGCAGUGAAUGUGGAAAGGCCUUCCGCCUGAAGUCAAGUCUUACAUUUCACUUUAGAAAUCAUACUGGAGAGAAACCUUUCAAAUGCAGUGAAUGUGGAAAGGCUUUUUAUAGAAAGCAAGAUCUUAUCAACCAUAAUAGGAUUCAUACUGGAGAACAACCUUUUCAAUGCAACCUUUGUGGGAAAGGUUUUCCCUGGAGAAGAUCACUGACCCAACACCAGAGAAUUCAUACUGGAGAACAACCUUUUCAAUGCAAUGUUUGUGGGAAAGUUUUUCCCUGGAGAAAUUCACUGACCCGACAUCAGAGAAUUCAUACUGGAGAACAACCUUUUCAAUGCAACAUUUGUGGCAAAGGUUUUCCCUGGAGAAAUUCACUGACCCGACAUCAAAGAAUUCAUACUGGAGAGAAACCUUAUAAAUGCAAAUAUUGUGGGAAAGCCUUUCCCAGAAGCUCAGCAGUGACUCGCCAUCAGAAGAUUCAUACUGAAUCCUAUGAGUGCAAUGAAAGUGGAAAGGCAUCCUUCCAAAAUAAAAAUCUUUCAUUGUGUGAAAAAAAGAUUCAUAUCAAAAAAAAAAUCUUAGGAAUGUAAUUAAUAUGGAAAAGCAUCGCUGUGGAUCACAGCUGCUUCCUCAACAUGAAAGAAUUCUUCAAGAAGAGAACCUCAUUAAUAUAAUCAUUGAAGCAAUACUUUUCUCUGGAAGGGACUCCUUGAUAAUUUCCUUCAUUUUGGAAAGAAACCUUACAAAUGUGGUGCCUGUGGAAAGCCCUUCAGUUAAUGAUGGUGAACCAUUUCUCAUUAUUAGAGGAGUCAUUGGCUAGAGAUGCAAAGGAAGCAUAUACUAUCACAAGUAGCUAGAAUACUGACUGAUUUUUCUUGACAUGUAACUGUUAUACCAGGUAGCUAUUUUGGGAGAGGAGAGUCAAUGGUCACAGUAAUGUGUCCUAAAAGUUUAGGGACCAUCAGUAAAACAAUAACUAAGCCUUAAUGCUGAUCGCCAAAUUUCCUAAAUAUCAUACUUCCAGCGAGAUAGGCAGAUAGAGGAGAGACAGUAGAACAUUUAGGUAGAUGCCAUUAGAACAGUUUAGUGCUUUUUGAGUAGUUUUGAAGAGUUUUGAAGAGCAGCUUGGAGAGUGAUCAAGAGUCCUGGGGAUUUUGCUGAAUCCUGUUUCUUUUAUAAUUUUUAUCAGUGUCUUGAGAUAAUAAACAUAAAAUGCUUUGUAAAUGUUAAA